AUGGACCUCCAGUCCGCCGUCGAACUCGUCCACGGUCCAGAGGUGUACAAAUUUUGUGAGUGGGGCCGCCACAUUGUCAAGGAGGGGUCGGUGCGCCUCCUGGGCGGCAGGCGCAAGUCCAAGAACCAGGACUUCCACCUGGUGCUGUUCAACGAUAAGAUCGCGCUGUUCCGGGUCAAGGCCAAGGGCAAGCGCAAGGGCUACAAGGUGCUCAACAUCUGGGAGGGCCACAUGCUCUCCUGCUCACCGCUCGAGUGCCCGCCGCCGACGCUCCCCGCGAGCUCGCCCAGCCAGGGGUCGACGCCGCCCGUCAACCGUCUGCGCGCCUUCUCGCGCAACAACACCGACAACGUCCUCACUUCUCCUCGGACCGUCAGCCCCGCCCAUUCGUCGCCUCGGGGCCGUUCGGUGCGCAACUUGCGCGAAGAGACAGAGACCAUCGACGAAGAGUGCGGGCUCAGGCUGGUGGAGAAGGAAAAGGAGUGGAUCGAAUACCGGGUGCUCUUUAGCAGUGUGACGGAGAAGGAGGACUGGAUCGCCAAGAUGAAGGUCCUCAAGGUGGAAUUCCAGGGCUCGGAGGGCUCUGGAGAUGCCAAGGCAAUCUCGCCCGACGCUGUCAACGCGCUGGUGUGGGAGAAGAGGUACCAUCUGGAGGUCGGCAUACGAACUGAGCUGAAGCGGGUGCUGGACACCACCACGCACCAGCUCAACGAAGCGCGUGAUGAGAUCGAGGCUUUGAAAAAGGAGAGGGAGAAGCUCAAGAAGAAGGUCGCGCGCCUGAAGGAGGGCAAGAAGAAGAAGGAGCAGCGCGAGAGGGAGAAGAAGGAGGAGCGUAAGGAGGUCGGCCGGCGGGCCAAGGAGCGAGACCGGGUCCAGCAGGCGGAAGAGAAGAAGCCCAAGGACAGGGACUGGCUGAACAUCGGCGGCCGGCUGCGAAGCCUCUCGUCCGAAAUCGACGAAGUCAUCUUCCAGCGGUUCGAGCACCAGGACCAGGUCCAGCAGCUGCGCGCCAACAACAGGCCGGGCGGCCUCAGCCACUCGGUCGAAAUGCCGCGCGUCGAGGAGUCGUCAGACAACAACGGAGCCCAGCCGCGCACCAAGAACGGGGACAAGGGCAAGUCCACGACGCUCGGGCGCAAGUCGAUGGUCACGACCCACCGACGGAAGGAGCGCGACCGCAUGCUCUUCCUCGACCUCCCCUUCCGCGCAACAGCCAGUUCGUCGACCUCUCGCGGUGGCGCCGACGCAUCCACCACCGGCGGCGACGAGCCCCCAAAGCCCUGCAGCGCACGCGAGCCGCGGACCCGGCCCGACGGCGCGCAGGGGUCGCCCAAGCCCGGGCUGAAGAGGAUGGAUUCGUCGUACAUUCGGCGCAGUUUGAGCCUCAUCGGUUGUACUUGCUCGAGCUGGAGUACGAAGAUGAGCGGCAGCAUUACGCAAGCCAAGAUUAGGAGCCAUCUCACGACGCCCGCGACGAGCGUGGUCACGAAUCCGCAUAGCUUCGCGAAGAUCCAUAUUGCCACGCAGAACCCGGCGAAGAGCACCAGGUAG